UUGAGCCCGUCAAUCAUUUCCCCCGCCCUAUGGGCGGGCAUAUGUACGCGCUUCUUGCGCUCUGAUUGGUCGAGGCUUCGCGCGCCUCGCUCCCAUUGGCUGCCGAGUCCUCCCCUCACGCUCAUUUCCAUCAUGGCGGCGGGCGAGGCGGUCGCGUUGCUGGAGGCGCUGCGGGCUCAGGCGGCGGAAGUGGCGGCGCACGGGCGGGAAAUGCUGCGGAGAGUGAGGGGAGGACGGCUCGACACCAAGGAGGGCCUGUCCCUGCUGGAGCUGCGCUCGGGGUCCCUCCUGAGCUACCUGCAGGACCUGGCCCUGCUCGUCUGCGCCAAGGCCCGGGGGGGGUCCCUGGGGGCCGCGGGGGGAGCCCGGGAGCGGCUGCUGGAGACGCGAGUG